UCAACUAGCGCGCCCAUCAAAACCCCAGUGGACCUUUCUCUCUUCCUCUGCCUUCGCCUUGCCUUCCCUGCUCUUGGCUUCCCAUAUGCAUUUCAGCGACCCUCAAACCCCCCAUAGGCGUAGGGUUGCAUGCAAUCGCCCGCCUAUUUUCUCUCGCUUCUGGUUCUCCUCACUGUCUCUUCUUCAUUUCCAUCGUUCAAACAAGCUACUGGGCCUCACUCUCGCUUGUGCCAUCUUCCCGCUGCCGUGUGCGCGCCCCCAUCCGACUUGGCUCGACAUGCGGAACCCUGAUCCGAAGCUCGGUCAAAUCCUCAACUUCCAGCGGGAUCCCAGCUGAAGCCCGCCGUUCUUUGUACAUAUCCCUCGUUGUUUCUUCAAGGACUCACUCGGGCCAUAUCGCAUCGAGCACGCCUGCCUGGUGAACCUUCUGUCUCCAAGGUCUGUAUUCGUACAGGCGUCAAGCCGGCUGCAUCUCCUUAGCGCGGCGUUAAGCAGGGGAAAGGCAAAAGAGGUCUCCCCCCCUCUCCUUCUCCCUCCCCUCCCUCCUACCGUUAGUGCCACUGCCGAAUAAUGUGUGGAGCUGCCGCCGUGCAAGUCGAGAUAGAGUCGCGAUAGAAGGGGGUUGCCGGCACUUUUGAAUGCCUCGCCGACGCCUUUCCUAACCCUCAACCUCCCCCAACUUUUCAGGCUGCUCUCCUUUCAACCGGUCGUUAGCUGACAAUACUCACUUGUCUCGACUUCAAACGACCACAUCUCUCUCUGUCCGUCACUCUUCCUCCUUCUACCCCUCAUUGGAGUCAGCUUCCCACCGCCUCUCCGACUCCCCCGAUAGGCCGCCGGCGCCCCGGAAAAUCCAAUCCGAUUCCAGACCUCUUGCUUCCCAACCCCCUCCCCUCCCCGACCGCAAAGCCCAUCUGCCCGUCCGAAGAGUCGCAAGUCACAAUGCCCGCCCACUCGCCGCCCUCACCAGCCCUCAAGCCGACGAAGAGGCCGCGCCAGGGCUCCUACGACGCCGACGCUUCCCCGCCCAUCUCCGCAGGCAUUGACCAGAGCCCGUCCACCGCCGAACAAAAUGAUCCGAUCGCCGCCGCUGGCGCAGCUUUGGUCAGUGCCGACAAGGCCGGAGGGAAGGCUGGUCAGAGCAGCAACUUUCGCAACGUGAGCGCCUGCAACCGCUGCCGCCUACGCAAGAACCGAUGCGACCAGAAGCUGCCCAGCUGCGCCAGCUGCGCAAAGGCCGGUGUCGCAUGCGUGGGCUACGACCCCAUCACCAAAAAGGAGAUUCCCAGAAGCUAUGUCUUUUAUUUAGAAACCCGCGUCGAGCAGCUCGAGGCGUUGCUCGCUAGCCGCAACAUUCCCUUCCCGCCCGCCGAGAACCUGGAGCUGUGCUCGCGCCCCGGCGUAGAGAUGGCAAAAUCGAACACGGACACCGCCCCCUCGGCGCGCUCCGAAAGCAUCGAUGGAUCCGGCUCGGUGAAGAACAGCGUACACCGACCCGAUCUAGAGAAGGCCAAGAAGGCGGAGGCGGGCGGUGCUGGCAUGCUCGAUAUCGUCAGUCCGCCCAAACCACGGUCUCUGGCCUCGGCCUCGGGCGUCUCUUUCAACCGCGUCGUCUUUGCUGCCGUACAAUACUCCGUAUCGGAUCACAACGGAUCCCAGGACCGGACCGGGGCCGGCAAAGGUCUACCCAUUGGCAGUGGGACGUCGAUGCGCGACUCCUUUUUCGGACUUCACACAAAACCCACCAUCCGCCCGGCGAACUUCCCCGAACGAGACGUGGGCAUGAGGCUCGUGACGCUCUACUUCGAGCACGCGAACCCCCAAAUACCUAUCCUCCACCGCGGCGAGUUUAUGCAGAUGUUUGAACAGGCGUACACUAGCCCGGGCGGACCGCGAGGGUCUCGGGAGCUCUACAUGCUGAACAUGGUCUUCGCGAUAGGGUGCGGCGUCAUCGUGGGCGAGCCCGUGAAGUCCGAGGGCUCUGGCGCCGGUCCUCGUAAUCAUGCAGAUUUGAACAAGUUUGGCCAGUCGCAGCCGGAGGAGUACCACGCGAGUGCCAUUGUACAUCUUGAGGCUUGUCUCGGUAACAGCGGCGGUGGUCUGGAGGUUUUGCAGGCCGUGCUGUUGCUGGCCAAUUUUGCGCUCCUGCGGCCUGUGCCGCCUGGUCUCUGGUACAUCAUCGGUGUCGCAGUGCGCCUAGCUGUGGACCUGGGCCUCCACUACGAAGACGGCAAUGACGUGGAAACAGCGAUGGUCGAGCCCUCUGGGAAGAUCAAGGACGAGAACAGCGACGCGAGCGAGGCGAGAAAUGCCCAAUCGCGAGAACGAGGCAGACGGCUGUAUAUCCGAGAUAUGAGGCGGAGGUUAUGGUGGUGCACGUACUCCUUGGACCGCCUCGUGAGCACUUGCGUAGGACGACCCUUCGGCAUCAGCGAUCAGGUCAUCACGACCGAGUUCCCCUCGCUCUUGGAUGACCAGUACGUCACGGCGGCCGGGUUUCUGGAGAUGCCCGCCGAUUCCUCUGUGCCGAGCUAUAAGCACGUAGCGUAUCAUUACUUCAAGCUGCGGCUGCUGCAGUCCGAGAUCCUGCAGGUGCUUCAAUACAACCAAACAAAGGUUGUGCGGGCUUCGGGGCAGAAUCUCACAAACUCGGAUAUGCACACCCACCUGCCGUCUCCGUUCCUCGUCAAGUUCGAUUCCUUCCGCUCGUGGCGCAUUGACAUCGACCGCAGGCUGUACCAGUGGAAGAACUCGGCGCCGACGAGGGAGGAGACGGGCGUGGCCUUCUCGACCGAGUUUCUGGAGCUCAACUACUGGCAGGCCAUCAUCAUGCUCUACCGUCAGAGCCUUAGCGUGCCCGCCCUAUUCGAGGGCGAGUACAACACCUCGAAUGAAGUGAACAGCCCGACGGCGUUUCAGGCGGAGCUACGGGAGGACGAGGACAGAAUAUAUCUCAAGGUCGCCGAAGCCGGACAGAAGAUCCUGCGUAUCUACCGCCAGCUUCAUUUGAGCGGGCUGGUCAGCUACACAUACCUCUCUACACACCAUCUGUUCAUGGCCGGCAUUUCAUACCUCUACGCCAUCUGGCACUCCCCCAUCGUCAGAAGCAGGCUGACUAUGGACGAAGUGGACUUCACCAUCUUGGCGGCUAAGUCGGUGUUCACUGACUUGAUUGACAAGUGUCCGCCUGCCGAAACCUGUCGCGAUGCCUUUGACCGGACGGCGAAGGCCACCAUCAAGAUGGCCAACUCGACGGGUGGCUUCAACUCAGUCCCGCCGCGCAAGACGCGCGAGAACAGGUUCGAAUGGAACUCCGCCUCCGGCGACGGGACCUCCACGUCGGGCGCGAGCCUUCCACGCCGCCGCCAACAGCACCAGUCGCAACAAAACAGCUACCAAAUGGACCUGGCGCUGUCUGACAGCCUCUCGUCCCCCAACCUCUCUGUAGCCGGCGAGCUGCCUCCGCGAAACUCCCCGCGCACCGCCGACUUCAACAUGAUGGGCCCAGGCCAGGGCAGCCCCUCGGAAAUCGACACCCCCUUCGUGGCCUCGCCGCCUGUGUCUCGCCGCGUGGCAGCCCAGCGAUCUAGCAGCGGCGGCUCCUUUCUGGCCCAGCAACAACAGGCAGGGCCAUAUGGCAUGGGCGAGUACUCGGACAUCCAGACAAUGGAUUUCUUCCAGAGCCUACAGGGCAACUCGAACGGGGAUCUCGGAGGGUCCGGGGAGGUGACGACGCCGCAGCUUGACCUGGGAUUCGGUAUCAACUGGGAUAACAUGCACCAUGAUUUCAGCGACGGCCAACAGAUGAACAUUUUUGACGGGUUUUUCUUUGGCGGCCAGCAGCCGCAGCAACAACAGGCUUCGCCGCCGGAUCAGCAGCAGGGUUCUAAUGGAGGAGGUAACACGAAUGGACGACCUGGAGUAUAAGCGCAGUCAACGAUUUCGAACUGCUAUUGUGCGGAAACGCCGAGUAAACACGCGAAUGAAUAUACUGUUUGCCUGUGAGUGGCAUUCCACAUACAUGUAAAUACUAUACGUACGAAAGAUACGUAGAACAGCGGUCACGCACCGCAAGGGGGGUUUGGUUGGGUAGUGGUGCGAGCGAGACCGACUCGAGAAAAGCAGGGGUGGGCGGAACGAUUGAUGGGAAUUCCAAAACAAAAAAAGGGGGGAGGGACAUGUGACAAUGGGCGGCUUGUGAAUCAUUCUGUAUUGGUAUACCCAAGCAAAAGCGAGUGGAAGCGGGGGAGAACAGAGACGGAUGAAUAGGAGGGCCGGGGUCGUGUUACAGGCAGCGAGCUAAUGAGAUGUAUUGCCUGUCAUUACACGCUUCCUCUUGUAAUGGAGUCGGAGGUUCUCCUUCGACGGUAUUUCUGAUACCUGUUCUGUCUACCAGGACUUCUUGACUCCCUGAGUUUUGAACAGU